AUGUGGAGGGACGAAUAUGAAGAAAAGAUGACCAACAUUGUAUCGGAUGAAACCACCUACAAAAAGACCACAGCAAACCAACUCAAUAUUGCAGAGCGUAAAAACAACACUUUAGUAAAAAGACUUUACGAAGGUGGUCACAUUGACUUCAUUACGAAAAGAGAAUUGACGACACAUAAUUCAAGAACCCCUAGAAUAUAUGGACUGCCUAAAAUACACAAGACAAAUACUCCACUUAGGCCCAUUGUGUCUUGCAUAAAAUCACCAACUUAUGCAUUGUCGAAAUUUCUCAAUCAACUACUGAAGCCAAUCUCAAAUGGAGGUGGAUACAACGUGAAGGAUUCCUUCGAAUUCGUGGAAAGGGUGACAAGCUGCGAAGUUCCAGAAGGACACAUCAUGAUCAGCCUGGAUGUGGUGUCUCUAUUCCCAAAUAUACCACGUGAUUUGGCUCUGCAGAUUGUGGAAGAAUGCUGGGAUGCAGGAAGGAUCACCACAACCAUUGACAAAAAACUAUUUCUCGAGAUCCUGAAAUUUUGCCUGGAGACCAGUUUUUUCACGUUCGGUGACCAGCAUUAUUCACAGAUGGAUGGGAUGCCGAUGGGAGGACCGCUGUCUCCAAUUAUCGCGGAUAUAGUGAUGGAUUACGCGAUAAACAAAAUAUUGGAAAACAUCCCCAAUAGAGUGAUAUGUCUAACAAAAUAUGUCGACGACAUUUUUUGCUUAGUGCCGCGUGACAAAGUUACAGACAUUCUCUCAACAUUCAAUGGAUUCCAUCCAAAGCUCCAAUUCACUGUGGAAAUGGAAAAAGAAGGGGGACUUCCCUAUCUGGAUACGUUCGUCAUCAGAAAACCCACAAAUCUCGUGACAAUGUGGUACAAAAAGCCCAUCGCCUCAGACAGAAUGUUGAAUUUCCAUUCACAACAUCCUCUGAGACAGAAAGUAGGUACCGCUAUUGGCCUCAUAAAAAGAGUCGACAAACUCACAACUACCAACAAGGAACAUGUGAAAGACAUCGUCUUCUCGAAGCUCAGAGUGAAUGGAUUCCCGCCAAAACUCAUCAACAUUCUAUGGAAUAGACACAUUGGACAAGAAACAGCUCACAAUACGACCCAAAAUGUGGAUACCAACACGGAGAUCAUCUACAAAUCGAUCACUUAUAUCCCCAGAUUAAGUGAUGCGAUUAAGAGAAUCUUGUGCACCGAAACACAAAAUCUCCAAAUAGCAUUUAAAUGCAACAACACAAAUUCGGCAAUGCACACUGAUCUCAAAAACAAGAUUGACCCAUUAAUGGAAAGUGGAGUUGUUUACUCCAUCCCAUGUGAGUGUGAUAAGGUAGGAGCAUCACCCAGAUCAACCCAAAUCAAGAAGAAAGAAGUGACGCCACAGCCCUGGUGA